AUGGGCAAUUUGCUACCACGGCAAAUAAAAAGAGAAAAACCUGAAUUAGCCACAAGCAAAGCAUUUGGGGGCAGAUGUCCUCCGACUGUAGUUAGAAUGCACAGGCUCCCUCAAGCGACUCCCAAACGACGUUGUUACUUGAGAGUAUUGAGACAACAGAGAAUACAGGAUUACUUGUUAGUAGAGAGAGAAUAUUUGGAGAGAAGUCUAACGCAGAAGCAAACUAACGAACAAAAUGAAAUCGAAGAGCAGCUUGUAGAUGGGUUACGUGGAACACCAUUAGGACUGGCUCGCAUCCAAGAACUCUUUUUGGAUGAGAAGCACGCUGUCGUUACAGUUCUUGGUUCCAAACUCGAUUGGUACAUCCCUAUCCUCUCAAUUGUAGACAAAAGUCUUAUCAAACUGAACUCUCUAGUGCUUGUCAAAACCGCUGGCACAUAUAAGAAUAUUCCUCGAGCAAUCACUGGUGUUUUGAGCGAUACAACGGAUUCCUCCUUUUCUUCGUAUAAGAUAGAGAAAGCUCCCAAGGAAACCUUCGCAGAUAUAGGAGGAUAUGAAGCCCAAAUACAAGAGCUUAAAGAAGCAGUAGAACUACCAUUAAGCCAUCCAGAAUUUUAUGAAGAAAUGGGUAUAAUCCCUCCUAGAGGAGUUAUUCUUUACGGCGAACCAGGAACUGGCAAAACGUUAUUCGCUAAAGCUGUUGCCAAUUCGACAUCAGCCUGUUUCAUUCGUGUAACAGCUUCAGAUUUCAUAAGGAAAACAUCUGGAGAAGGUCCUAAACUAGUCAGAGAUGUGUUCAAAAUGGCAAAAGAGUUAGCUCCUUGUAUCAUCUUCAUCGAUGAGAUUGACGCUGUUGGUACUAAACGAUACAAUACGAAAAGCAAUGGCGAACAGGAGAUUCAACGAACACUACUAGAACUAUUAAAUCAACUGGAUGGUUUUGAUGAUAGAGGAGACAUCAAGAUCAUCAUGGCCACCAAUAGGGUAGGCAGUUUAGACCCCGCAUUGAUUCGUCCCGGCAGAAUUGACAGAAAAAUUGAGUUCCUUCUCCCCGAUUAUGGAGCAAGGAAGAAAAUUUUCCAGAUUCACACAAGCCCAAUGAAUGUCGCGUAUGACGUCACAUUCGACGCAAUUUUCUCAACAGAAACGGAUAUUUCGGGCGCUGAGAUAAAGGCUGUUUGUACGGAAGCGGGCAUUUUAGCCUUGAGGAAACAACAGAAGGUAAUCUCCAAAGACCUUUUCCGAACGGCCUAUGCGACUGUAUGUUCGAAGAAAGCUCGCAACGAUGUGAGCAUAUACAUGUAG